AUGAGCGAUUUUAGCAUUGACUAUAUACUAAAUCGUGCCGGCGAAAGAUAUAUCGGCACCAAUGCUUCUAUCUGCAUUGCUGACCGUAUUAAAUUAGAGCAGCAGCAUCGUUACCAACAGGAAGCUUUCAACAAUUACAAUUCUGUUGCAGCUAUGGAAAUGGCCAGUAUUGCUGCAGCCGGUGUACAAAUACCGAUGUUCGAUUGGUUGCACUACACUCGCUACCAUCCGCCGCGUUUGCCACGCAACUUGCGUCAACCGCCAGUCAAACGCACGCCCGGCCGUCUGCCUCGCAUCCCAUUUACACCCACACAAUUGGAGGCUUUGGAAAAUACCUAUCGCACGUCUAACUACUUGAGCGCCGAGGAGGCCAAUCAGUUGGCCGAGUCGCUGGAGUUGACGAAUACGCGCGUCAAAAUUUGGUUUCAAAACAGGCGCGCCCGUCAGCGUCGCGAGAAGCGCGAAAGGGAGGAGAGCUAUGAUUCGACAAUUUCAUCGAAUGCUUCUAGCCCAGAGCCAAAUAUGGAUGAGCUAGUACUUCAGCGUGGCGUUGGAUGCUUGAAAUAG